AUGGCAUCUUCGAUUGAUCAAAGGCCCGCAGAUCUGGACAGUUUGGACAGCCAUAAGAAAUGGAGCUUACAACCUCUGAUCCGUAAGGCUGAGCGUUCCCACAGUCGAAUGCCAGGAAUUCGAAAGAUUCCAUUCCGAGCCAUCGCAAUCAUUGCAUUGAUUGCCUUUGUGAAUAUCAUCGUGUGGGUCGCGGCGGCAGUUGUGUUGCAUUACCAUCCAUCCAUGGUGUCCACAGCGGCUCUUGCAUACUCUCUUGGGCUAAGACAUGCCUUUGAUGCAGAUCAUAUUUCUGCCAUCGAUCUGAUGACAAGACGAUUAUUGGCGACCGGACAAAAGCCCGUCACCGUCGGAACAUUCUUUUCUCUUGGGCAUUCGACAAUUGUCAUCAUCACCUCAAUCGUUGUCGCAGCUACCGCCGCCGCGGUUUCAUCCAAAUUUGAUAGUUUUAGCAAAAUCGGCGGAAUUAUUGGCAGUUCCGUUAGCGCAGCUUUUCUCAUAUUAUUGGGACUGAUGAAUGCGUAUAUCUUAUUCAAACUGAUCAAGCAGAUGCAAAAGGUUUUCAAUUUGCCCGAAGGACAAGAGGAUGAAGCUUGGAAGAUAGAGGGCGGAGGUCCGCUGUUCUCCAUCUUGAAGAAAAUGUUCAAACUGAUCAAUCGUCCUUGGAAAAUGUAUCCUCUUGGAAUUCUCUUCGGACUCGGUUUUGACACCUCAUCCGAGAUUGCGCUACUCGGGAUCUCAUCUAUCGAGGCCACCAAGGGAACGUCAUUUUGGGUGAUUUUGAUUCUUCCUGCUUUAUUUACUGCUGGAAUGUGUCUUUUGGACACCGUUGAUGGCGCUCUGAUGUUUGCCUUGUAUAUUCAGCCCGCUGAAAACUUCCUUGCCCAAAAACCCGACAGUGAAGUAUCCGAAACGGCUUCAUAUAUGAGUGGGAGUGAAUUGCCUCAAUCUACAGAUAAUCACCGAGAUCCUGUGGCAUUCCUAUAUUUCUCCAUAGUACUGACUGUCUUAACGGUCAUUGUUGCCAUCGUCAUUGGCGUGAUUCAACUGCUCACUAUGAUACUCAAUAUCACCAAUGCUACCGGGAAGUUUUGGGACGGUGUACAAGUGGCUGGUGACUAUUACGAUGCUAUUGGUGGUGGGAUUUGUGGCUGUUUUGUUAUAUUCGGAGGAUUGAGUUUUGUGCUGUAUAAGCCGUGGCGGAGAUGGAUGGACCGACGUCAUGGACGCAACAUGGUAACAGAUGAAGAGCUCUACUGCGAUGAUGUACCUCAACAAGAGGAGGGCACGAUUGCUACUGGUCGCCAGAUAGAAGAGAAUGAUUCGAGUGAGCACGGACAGGCCACUGUCAUCAAAGGGGCUUCGACUUGUGUUACCACCGCAGAGGAGCGCCAAUUUGAAGAGGAGAUUGUCUGA